CUAGAUCUGCUCCGUAUCCUGUAUCGAGAGUCUCCGUACCCAAGUAUACAAUAUGCUAUCUUCAUCAUUGCGCUCUCUCUGCCACCGGGGCCCCUCAAUGGCCUCGCGGGCCUUCAGCACCUCGCCCGCCGUCCAUGCUGCCGAGGUUAAGUCGCUGGGUGUGAUAGGAGCUGGGCAGAUGGGAUUAGGAAUUGCUCUAGUAGCUGCCCAGAAAGCCCAAGUCCCAGUGACCCUUAUCGACAAGUCCCAAGCUUCCAUCGACAAGGGACUCAAGUUUGCCGACAAACUCCUCGACAAAGAUGUAUCCAAAGAACGUCUCACCCGGGACGCCGCCGACGCCGCUCGGGCGCGCAUCACCACGAGCCUGAAAAUGGACGACCUCUCCACCGUCGACUUCGUCAUCGAAGCCGUCCCCGAGAUCCCUGACCUCAAGACCUCUAUCUUCUCAAAACUCGCCCAGAUCGCCCCUAAACACGCCAUCCUCGCGACCAACACCUCCUCUAUCUCCAUCACCAAGAUCGCAGCCGCCACCACAACAGACCCCAGGGACCUGCAGGCCCCCUCGCGCGUCAUCUCCACGCACUUCAUGAACCCGGUCCCCGUACAAAAGGGCGUGGAGAUCAUCGCUGGCUUGCAAACCUCCCAGGAAACAAAGGAUACCGCUAUCGCUUUCGUCCAGCGUAUGGGCAAGGUCGCUUCUGUUUCUGCGGACUCGCCUGGUUUCCUGGCGAACCGGAUCCUCAUGCCGUAUAUCAAUGAGGCGAUCAUCUGUCUAGAGACGGGCGUUGGUGGUCGUGAGGAUAUUGAUAACAUCAUGAAGACGGGCACAAAUGUGCCUAUGGGACCGUUGGUGCUGGCGGACUUCAUCGGUCUGGAUACUUGUCUCGCUAUCAUGAAUGUCUUGCAUCAGGAGACUGGUGAUAGUAAGUACCGGCCAUCCGGGCUGUUGAAGCGUAUGGUUGAUGCUGGGUGGCUGGGCAAGAAGACUGGAAAGGGCUUCUACGACUAUUAAUUCAUUGACUGAUCCAAUCAACUCUGUAUCUAUCCAAGCGAACGUUGCGAUAUCCCUCCCUUAUAUGCUGUGAUGUCUUAGAAUAUUAUGUACCCCGGUUUGGGGUGUCUUGCUAAUGACUGAUUCGGAUCGCAUGUACAUCUAAAUACUGGUGACCGAGAAGUAGUCACGCUGCAUGCAGCAAAGACAGCACACAGCAUUAACGUUGUACACCCAGACAUAAAUUACCACUAAGGUGUCUCAGCAACACUUGUACCAGGCACAAGUCACGACUCAUAUAGUACUAACUAUUCCUCAUACG